AUGCAGAUAACUGUGAAGCUAGACCUGAGGAAGAAUGACCUGCAAGAGUUACCCAAAGGUGCCUUCCACCACACGCCCUACCUCACUCACCUCAAUCUGCAAGGCUCCAACAUCCGUUCCGUGCGGGAGGGGGCGUUCCGCGGCCUUGGACGCCUUGUCUUCCUCAACCUGGCGCAUAACAACAUUGAUGUCCUCUACCAGGAGUCCUUUGAUGGCCUCUCAUCCCUGAAGCAGCUCCUGAUUGACCAUAACCGCGUGGAGGAGAUCCAACCCGGGGCCUUCACACAGUUGGGCUCCCUCAACCUGCUCUCGCUCACACACAACCGGCUCGUGUACCUGCCCAACAUGGCCUUUCAGGGCCUGCUGAACAUCCAGUGGCUAAAACUCAGUCACAACUCCCUCAACAACCUGGCCACGGAGGCCUUCGCCAGCCUCUUCACACUCGCACGCCUCGGUCUGGACAACAACGAGCUGCAGUUUUUCCCCACGCAGACAAUGACCAGACUGGUUGAAGUUACCCGCCUGGAGAUGAGUUACAACCCAAUGACCUACCUGGGAGAGGAGACGGUGUCCAUGCCCAAACUUACACACCUGUACUUGGACCACAUGUCCCUUCAGGACCUCUCUGACACUGCUCUCGCCCUCACACCCCUCCUCACCCACCUGGACCUCAGCCACAACCAGCUCCGCUCCUUAGAUCCCGUCUCAGGCCCCAAAGAGCUGUCCCUCCUCAACCUCACAGGCAACCCCACCUACUGCAACUGCCACCUGCGGCCUCUGAGGGUGUGGGCCCAGACGGGCCAGGUGAGGCUCCUCGGGGUCUGUGCUGGGCCUCCGCAUCUCUCUGACGAGCCUCUGGGGGCGGUCGAGCCGGCAGACCUACGCUGCAGGGCCAGGGAGGGCCUGACGAAGGAGGAGCUCGAGGAGGAGGAGGGGGCAGAGGAGGUUGGCAGAGCGGGGUCGUUGGUACCCCCGCCCAGACCCAGGAAGAACAUCAACUGUCCUGAGAGCUGUGACUGUGAGCCUGACGCUCAGCACGCCACGUGUGAGGACGGCGGCCACACCAAAGUCCCCCGAGGCUUCCCCAAAAACACCAGUCUCCUGGACCUGAGGGGCAACAACUUUCACAACAUUCCCCCCGACAGUUUCCGUGGCGUCGCUGGGGUGGUCGUCUCUCUGCACCUGGACCGGUGCAAGAUCCGCGAGAUCGAAGCCGGGGCCUUCCGCGGCAUGACAUCCCUGCUCUACCUCUACCUGUCAGAGAAUGACCUCACCUCCCUCGAGACGGACACCUUCGCCGGGGCCCCGCACAUCACCUACCUCCACCUGGACGGCAACCGGCUGACACAGUUUCCCUCCGCGGCCACGCUGGCACCGAUGCCCAGCUUGCUCGAGCUUCACCUGGAGGGCAAUGCCAUCUCCAAGCUGGCGCCAGCCAAUCUGCUCUCCUCUGUGAGGCUGCUCCGGGCGCUGUAUCUCACAAACAACACCAUAGACUCUGUGGCGGCCAAAGCCCUCCAUCCGGCACCUCACCUGGAAACGCUGCACUUGGAGGGCAACAGACUGACUGAAGUGCCGAGCAAAGUGUUUGGAAAUGUUCCACGCCUUCAAGAGCUACAUUUGUCUGGGAAUCCUAUACGCUGGGUGGGGGCAAAGGCAUUCGUGCCUAUCGCUCAGAGCUUGAAGCACCUCUACCUAGAAGGCACUGGCCUGGCAAAGAUGUCGAAGGACUCGCUUGCUGGCCUGGGUUCCGGGCUGCUCACCCUGUCUCUGGGAGGGAAUCAGCUGGAGGCCGUGCCCAGCCUGGGCUCCCUCACUGGACUGCAGGAGGUCAACCUGACGGACAACCCGCUGCUGUGUGACUGCAAUCUCUUACCACUGCGCAAGUGGAUGGACAACCUAAGCCAUACGGUGUCGGCGAUCUGCGGCCAGCCAGCCGAGCUUCAAGGUCAAAGUGUGAAGGAUGUGCCUGUUUUCCAAACGUGCCCAGGAGACGAGCCCAGGCCCUCUAAGCCCCCUGUGAGAGCCAAAGGUGCCGCCAAGGCCCCUAAGAAAAUCAAACCCAAACCCUCACGGCUGAAAGGUGGCAAACCGAAGCCAUCGAAGCCCAAGCCCACGCCUGUGGACAGUCCAAAACCAUCCGUGCGUCCUAAAGCAGCCAAGAAGAACAGAAAGACCAAAGAGACACAAUAAUGAUACCUGUGAUCGUACUAAAGGAAUGCAGCUUCUGCCUUGUGCUGUAGUCAAACGGAAUGAAAAUAACACCUUAUUUUCCUCAAGUAUGAUAUAUUCUGUAUAUUAAUUAUUAAUAUAUAUAUGAUUUAUAAGAUUAUAACACUACUAUUACACUACUGUAAGUGUUUUCAUUCCAGGUAACUGAGAGAGAUGUGUUACUUGAAUAAAAACC